CUGACUUUUGUUAUUGGGUACUGAUUCCGGCCGUCAAAUCACGCAAAUAAAAAUUUUACUUUUUACGUGGAAUUUCUUAACGUGUCAAUGUAGUUAGAUCAUUAAAAACGGAGUUAAAGCAAACUGGUGCAGAUAAAAGGUGAUAAAAAAAGGUGGAAGACUGAGUGUGUGGGUGAUAAAAGUGGAGGAGGUAGCCAAAGUUUUCUCAAGACGAAGUUGGCAUAGGAAAAACAAAAAAAAUGAGUGCAAAGCAAAGUCAAUGUCGGCAAUUGAAUUUGCCUGCGUUUUUGCUCAUUCUCCUGCAAAUCUCUGUAACGAAUGGCUUCUAUCUGCCUGGAUUAGCCCCAAAAAACUUCUGUAAGAAAUCCGACGCAACACCAGCCUGCAAGUCAGAAGUGCCACUGUUUGUAAAUCGCCUCAACACGGAGGAAUCUGUGAUUCCCUAUGAAUACCAUCACUUUGACUUCUGCCAAGUGGACGAGAGCGACUCCCCGGUGGAGAAUCUGGGACAGGUGGUCUUUGGCGAGAGGAUCCGCCCUGGUCCCUACAAAAUUGAUUUCCUCGAGAAAGUCCAAUGUGCAAAGGUUUGUACAAAGACGUACACGGGUGGUGAUCCUGAAAGUGAUCGCAAAUUGAUGAUUCUGAAGAAGGGUAUGAGCCUGAAUUAUCAGCAUCAUUGGAUUGUGGACAAUAUGCCAGUGACAUGGUGUUAUCCAUUGGACAAUGAUCGACAGUAUUGCAGCACGGGAUUCCCAAUGGGAUGCCUGGUGCGUCGUCGUCCGGACGGGGAUGAGGCAUGCCCUAUGAAUAUGCGCUACAACAAUCCUGGACACUAUUAUCCAUUCAAUCAUGUUGAUCUCACGAUAACGUACCACAGUGGCAAUAGUGAAGAUUGGGGAGUGGCUUUUGGGGAGAAUGGUGGAAGGAUAAUUUCGGUAAAAGUUGUACCGUCAUCAAUUAAUCAUCGGAAUCCUGAUGCUCUGGAUUGUACGAGUAAGGAACCAUUGGAAAUUGAAGCGAGUGUCUUGCAAUCUGGUCAGAAGAUUAAUAUUACAUACAGCUAUUCGGUGACAUUUAUGAGGAAUGAUACUAUCAAAUGGUCAUCGAGAUGGGAUUAUAUUCUGGAAUCUAUGCCACAUACCAAUAUCCAAUGGUUCAGUAUACUGAAUUCUUUGGUUAUUGUGCUGUUUCUGUCGGGAAUGGUGGCUAUGAUAAUGCUGAGGACAUUGCAUAAGGAUAUUGCCAGGUACAAUCAGAUGGAAUGUGGAGAGGAUGCACAGGAGGAAUUUGGCUGGAAACUUGUUCAUGGUGAUGUUUUUCGGCCACCGAGAAAGGGCAUGCUUCUGUCGGUGUUACUUGGUUCGGGUGUUCAGGUAUUCUUUAUGACUUUGGUGACAUUGGCAUUUGCCUGCCUUGGAUUCCUGUCACCGGCCAAUCGGGGGGCUCUUAUGACGUGUGCCAUGGUGCUAUUUGUACUUCUUGGUACACCAGCUGGAUAUGUUUCAUCGAGGAUUUACAAGAGUUUCGGUGGGAUUAAGUGGAAGAGUAAUGUCCUGUUGACGUCAAUGUUGAGCCCGGGAAUUGUUUUUGGGCUGUUUUUCGUGAUGAAUUUGGUGUUGUGGGGCAAAGGUAGUUCGGGUGCUGUACCCUUUAGUACCCUUCUUGCAUUGCUGGCACUGUGGUUUGGAGUGUCUGUGCCAUUGACAUUUGUAGGGGCAUAUUUUGGCUUUAGGAAACGUUCGUUGGAACAUCCAGUUCGGACAAAUCAGAUUCCACGACAAAUUCCCGAUCAAUCAAUCUAUACACAGCCAAUUCCGGGCAUUAUAAUGGGCGGUGUAUUGCCAUUUGGUUGUAUCUUCAUUCAACUCUUCUUCAUUCUCAAUUCCAUCUGGUCCAGUCAGAUGUACUACAUGUUUGGUUUUCUCUUUCUUGUCUUCAUCAUUCUCGUGAUAACGUGCUCUGAAACGACAAUUCUCUUGUGCUACUUCCAUCUCUGUGCAGAAGAUUACCAUUGGUGGUGGAGAUCCUUCCUUACGUCGGGCUUUACAGCAGUCUAUCUCUUUAUCUACUGCUGCCACUAUUUUGCCACAAAACUCUCAAUUGAAGAUGCAGCAUCGACUUUUCUCUAUUUUGGCUACACUGCCAUAAUGGUCUUUCUCUUUUUCCUCCUAACCGGUUCAAUAGGAUUCUUUGCCUGUUUCUGGUUCAUCCGAAAGAUCUACAGUGUCGUCAAAGUGGAUUAAUUAAUAAAAAUUUCUUUAUUUUUCUUUUUUUUUUGUUGUGAAAUUUGUCUUGCAAAUCCUUUCAGAAAAAAAAACAAAAAUUUUCUGAUUCUUGCAACAAAAAAAAAAAACAGAGAGAUAAAAGAAGAAAAAAACUACUUAUUUGUGAUUAUGUAUAAAUUAUUCACCUAUUUUGUCGCCUUUUUUCCGAAACACCUGCCCUUGUGUCUCACACCUGUUUUCUUUCUUUUCCGUGUAUAAUAAUUGAUGAAGAAAAAAAUAAGAAAAAACUAAUGAGCCAACUAAGAGAAAAAAUGCAAAUAAUUAAGAAUAAUUUAAAUGUAAAGUAAUUUUAAAUGUUUUCCUUCUUCCUUUAAAAAAAAAAUUCAACUUAACCCACUGAAUUUAUUUUACUGGAUAUUUUUUUGUGCAUUAGUGAGAGUGAGGUGAUCCUAAGUUUAAUCCUGCUAUCAGGCUGUACAUUGAAAUUUAAUUGUCGCUAAAAUGCUUUCAAUUUUGUUAAGUUGGCUGAAAUCCAUUCGAAAAAAGUAUGUGUCUUGGCUCACCCGAAAGGCUUAUAGACCGAAAAAUGGUUUGUGUCUUGGCUAACCAAUUAAUAUUUUAAUGCAGGGGUGGGCAAGAACGGCAAGAACAGAGGGCCAAUUUUUGAAAUUCUCAUUCGCACCCGCGAGCUCUUUAGUGGCUGAAAGAGAUUGACUCGCACACCCUUCAGAUUCUUGAGUACGAGAAACGAGUACUUUUCGGUUUACCGAAGGAUUUGAAUCUGCGGGGUAUCCGAGUCGGGUCCCGGUCAAAAUCCCGAAUACUUAAAAGAGUCUCAGCUACUCCCACGAUUGUACCCGCGCUUGCUGGAGGCAAAGGGAAAUCUUCUGUGUCUUGGGAAAUUAUUCUAAACAUUUCCCUCCAUAUAAUUUCAUCCUUUUCGGGAUUUUGGCUUUCGGGAUUUUGGCUUUUUCGGGAUUUUGGCUUUCGGGAUUUUGGCUGGCACCGUCCGAGUCAAUUUCUCUCGGCUACCUAAAGAGCUCGUGGGUGCAAGUGUGAAUUUCAGAAAUUUGCCUUCAGUUUGAAACUGAAUAAAUGUCAAAAUAAGUUUGUCCAAGUCGCGUUUUGUCUAUUGACGUAUAAUUUUUAUUAACGUUUGUUCGCUUUCAAACGGUUUUCACUCACUUCUGUUUUAACUCUUUCCGGACCGCAGUAUAUGCUGCAAGCCAAUUUCACAAUUUUUUAAUCAAAAAUAUCUAAGCUCAGGAAUUAAUUGAGGCCCUAAAAAAAUAUCUUACAUUUGGACAUCCUUAUAGUUUUUAAUCAUCGACAAGAAUAGGACUUUUAUCAGUUAUGAAUAAUUAAAAAAUAUUGUUUUUCACAGAAUAUUCAUAUGCUGCUUUGGGUACUCAGAGUCCCAAAAGAGACGAAAGAGUUAAUGUAAUUUUGCAUACCAGCUAGCACAGUUAGCUAAAACAGACAGCGUUUUCAGCAAAAAAAAAAAAACCGAAUACAUUGCCUUUUUUUAGCUAACGGUACUCGUUGGCAUAGAAAAUUCCAUUUCAAUUUUUUUUUCAAUUGAAAUAUUUUUUUUGGGGCGCUUUGCUAUGAUUAGCGACAGAUAGCUAAGACAGCAACCUUUUUUGGGUCAGUCGAUGUGGUCAUCGACAGAUUUUUUUCGGGUAAUCCGAAAAACGAAAACACAUUUGAAUUAAUUAGAGAAAUUAUGUUUUUAAUCAAAAGAAUUAAUUAUAAUGUAAUUUUGUGUAGAAAAAUUUAUUAAAGUAUUUUUUAGUUGAAGUAAUUUUUUCGGGUGGCACUGUGAUCACGGUGAUCACCAACAAAAUGAUUUCUUAACAAAUAAAGAAAAAAAAGAGAUUAAUUUCUUUGCGAUUUCUUUUUCAAUUAAAAAGAAUUUGCGAAUGAAGAAAUUUUAAGAGCAAAAAAAUUCUCAGCUAAUAUCAAAUGGAAUUAACUACAAUUUUUUAACAUUUCUGCGUUUCAUCGUGUUUUUUCGCAGGAAAAAAUAGCGGAAAGGCCUAUUCAUUAGCCAAGACAUCCACUAUUUUUCGGAUAAUGCGCUUUUUGGUUAGCCAAGACACAAACCUUUUUUCAGGUUGAUUUCGGCAAACUUUGAAUUAUUCAGGGACGAAAAAUCGAACUUGGUCCACAAAAAUUGGUUUUACAGUGACUUAAAUUGCAGAAAAUCUUUCUCAUUCAUUCAAUAAGACUUACUGAGAUUAUAUGAGAUGCUUAGAGCAGAAGUGGACUGUUUUAAUAGGGAAAUGCAUGCAAAGGAGACCAUUUCUGCUCUGAGCGUCUCAUAUAUGCUAUUCAAGUCGGUUUAAAUCAAUUUUUGUGGGCCAAAUUUGAUUUUUUCCGGAAAAAUCGGACUUGGCCCACAAAAAUUAGUAAAAUAAACUUGAAUAACAUUAAUAUGAUUUCUCAUUAAUUUGUUUAAUUAAUGGGAAAUGGCUUGUGUUUUUUUAAGUCUAUUAAAAUCGAUUUUUGUGGGACAUGUUUGUCUUUUUCCAGAAAAACCGGAUUUGGACUACAAAAAAUAUUUAAAUAAACUUAAAUAGCAUUAAUAUGAAUCCUUAUUAAUUUGUUUAAUUAAUGAGAAACGACUUGUGUUUUUCUCAGUCUGUUUAAAGCAACUUUUGUAGACCAAGUUUGGUGUUUUUCCAGAGAAGCUAAUUUAGGAUCACAGAAAUUGUUUUAACUUGAAUAGAAUACGAUUCCUCAUUAAUUUACUGGAUUUAUGAGAAUCAACUUAUGUUUUUUAAGUCUGUUUAAAUCAAUUAUUGUAUACCAAGUUUGGUUUUUUCCGGAAAAGCUGGACUUGGAUCACAAAACUCGGUUUUAAUGUUAUUUAAAUAAAGAAAUUCUUCCUCAUUAAUUCAAUAAAACUUACUGAGAAGACAUUAUGCUACGCAAGUCUGUUUAAAUUAAUUUUUGUGAGCCAAUUUCGUCUUUUCCGGAAAGCCAUACUUGGUCCAUAAAAAUUAUUUAAAUAAAUUUGAAUAGCAUAAAUGAUCCCUUGAAAUUUGUUGAAUUUAAUGAGAAGCAACUUGUUAUAUUGAAGUCUAUAUUUAAAUCAAUGUUUUUUAGACUAAGUUUGGUUUUUUUUCGGAAGACCCGAGUUUGGUUCACAAAAAUCUUGAACAAUUUUUGUUAGCCAUGUUCGUAUUUUUCUGGAAAAGCCGGACUUGGCCCAUAAACUGAUUUAAUUAAACUUGAAUGGCAUAAAUGAUCCCCGAUGAUACAGUCAUUAAUUUGUAGAAUUAAUGAGAAAUAACGUUUUUUAAAUCUAUCAAAAUCAAUGUUUGUGGACCAAAUUCGUUUUUUUUCCGGAAAAGCCAGAUUUGGAUUUCAGUAUAAUUAGUAUAAAUAAGUACAAUGAGUCUUAAAUAACACAAAUUGUUAUGGCUCUGGCACACCUUUUAGAUCAGAAAAAUUUCAUGAAAUCAAAAUUCACAUCCUUUUCUUUCUCACACAUUUUACUUAUGUCUGUCUCAUUCUUUCGAUAUCUAAAUUCGAUUGAGCUAAAUUGAAUUUGUUGUGAUGUUUAAAAGAAGGAGAAGAGUGCGAAAGAAUGAGAAAGACAUAUGCAGAACAUAUGAGAAAGAAAGACACUCGAAUUUCGACUUCAUGAAAUUUUCCUGACCUAAAAGGUGUGCCGGAGCCAUUACUCAUGAAUUCAACAAAUUAAUGGGGACUCGUACUUAUGUCUACUAAAACAAUUUUUUGUAGACCAAACUCGACUUUUUCUCGCUAGUGGCUCUGUUACAACUUUUAGAUCAGGAAAAUUUUAUAAAGUAAAAAUUCUCUCUCGGUCUUAAAAUUUGGCUUAACUAAAUUAAAUUUGGUUUGAUGUGCAAAAAAAGAAGAAGAGUGCGAAAGAGUAAGACAUAUGCGAAGCUUUUAAGAAAGAAAGGGAUGUGAAUUUUGACUUUAUGAAAUUUUCCUGAACUAAAAGGUAUAGAAGGAAUAAAUAAUUCAAAGUUUAAAAUUUUAUCAGCGAUGUGGAUUGAUAUAAAAUUUUAAUGUACAGUGUGAUAGUACGAUGAAUGAUGAUGAAUAAGAAGAAUUACUCAUCGUCUCGGUUAUUUGGAAGUUAGUAGAUAAGUUUUCCUUUUGGACAAUAUUGAAUAAUGUGAAGAAAACAAAAAGAUCAUAUUUGUGCUUUAAAGGAAUAUGAUAAGAAAAAAAAAUUGCUGGCACACACACAUGAUGGAGAAAAUUGAUACAAUUAUUUGUUUAUUUUGGAAGUAUUAGAAAUUAUUCGUAAUAAUUGUAGCGAAAUAAAUAUAUCUGAUACAAAGAAAAAACGAAAAGAAA